UUUCUGUCAAAAAAAAAUAUUUUUUGUGAUAAUUUUCACAAUAAAUUUUUCAUAUUUUUUAUUAAAAAAACAUACAUAUUUUACAAAAACCUUAACAAAUUGAAAACAUCAAAAUAAAUAUACUAUAAAUCACGGUUAAUAAAAAUGAACCGUGAAAUAGUUUGUCACAUUCUCGAUGUACUAAAAACUUCCACAGACAAAAAUGUCAUUCUCAAGGGCUUGGUCAAACUACGAACUGAUUUGGUGAAGGACCGUGACGGCAUUGUCUUGUUCCAUCAAUGCAAUGGUAUUCCACCAAUGGUUCGAUUUCUAAACAAACCACAUGAACAAAUUUUGGAGGUGGUUUUAAGUAUUUUGGGGAAUUGUUGUACAAAUGCAGAUUGUUGCAAGGAGGCUUUAGACAAUAAGAUUGCUAUUCCAUUGGCAACGAUUCUUAAAAGUAUCCCAAACACAUUGAUUCAAUGUAGAGCUUGUAGACUUUUAGGAAAUCUUGCCAAAGUCGGUAGCUCCAAAUUGCUUUCUACUCAUUGUCCAGCUAUAGCUUCGGCUGUCUGUCAAAUCAUUGAAGAGAGCGACGAUGUUCAGACACAGAUUAUGUGCUUCCGAGCAUGUCGUUUCCUUGUUGUCGAGGAACAUUUCUUGAGACACUUUCUGGUCUCAGAUGGCUUCACUCUUGUCUUAAAGACACUAGUCGGAGUGAUGAAAAACAAAGAAAUCCCAGAGCCAGUUAUAGAACUGCCUCAAAAGACAGGUGGUCUAAAGAAGAACCAACACCGUGAGAAGUACUUUGAGGAAGUUGCUCGUAAUUUGGAAGGACCUCGAAGUGAUAUCUUCGAUCAUGCAACUCUGAAGAACUCUAAAAUCUGCAUGGACUAUAUAAUGCCUGAGGAAAAGGCAAACAUUGAAUUGGCUAGUGAGAUUUUGAAAUGCCUUCUCAUCAUUUCAGAAAUCAAUUUGAAUUAUCAAGCUUGGGAGGUUGUCAAUAGGAGCAAUAGUCUUGCUGCGGUGGUAUUCUUUGCUUCGGAGGAUAAUCCAUAUCGAGCAACAGCUUUGAAGAUUUUAUCGAAUUUUUCAAAGAGUUUGGGUGCGAUACAUGCUUUGGGUGCUGCUGAUGCUAUUGUUGCUGCAUGUGAGUUGCUUGUUUGCAGGAAUAUGGCUAAACCACUUUCUGCAAGUGAAAUAAGACAUUGCAUCAAUGUGAUUUGUAUGUUGUCAGGAGAUGCAUGCAAUCGAUCGAAAAUUCGUAGGUCAGGAGCAAUUGGUAAACUAUUGGAUAUGGCGAGGACUUCAAAGUCACAUACUGAGAUUUCUUCGAUCCUUUAUGUUCUCAAUAACUUUCAAUAUGAUAACAUUAGCAUGGAUUUGAUGUUACGUGAAGGAUUAAUUGGAAUAUUGAUUAGCGAAUUGGGUGCUUAUUUGCAUAGUGAUGAUGAUUACCGGAAGAGAAAACGAGAGGAGAGAAGAAAUACGACGAAGAAGAGGAAACUACCGGAAAAUUCUUGCGAAUCUGUAUGUAAGACCCAAAAACUUCGCGAUGAAUCCGUAUAUGACUUCGACUCACCAUGUAGUUCACCCCGUUCCACUGUUACACCUUCCAGUCCUUGCAGUUCAAGGGGUAUGUCACCAGUUGGUGGUGGUUUUAAAGCAACCUCAGAAAUGGAUUCUGAGUCUGAAACAUACUCACCCGUCUGUAGCGAUGACGAAGGCAUCGAUGAUGAUGAAAACAUUAAGACUGAUCCACAUGAUUCUGAUAUAAUGAAACUGUUGGACAUAGCUUGUAAGUCAGAAAUAAAUUUAGAAGAUAAUGUCUUAGACAAAGAAGAUGAUGAAGAUGAAAGUCAAGAUGUCCCACCCCUCAAGUUGCCAAAAACAGGAAAUAGCACAAUAGAUAUUAUCGAGAACCUUAUUUACCGAGUGACAUUAUUAAUUAAUAAAGGUGGUGAGCUUAGCAAACCCGAAACUUUAUACACCCUCAUAGAAGCUAUCAAUAUAUUUGGACUUAAUAAUUGUUUUUGCGGAUCAUUAACGAAUAUUUUGUCUGAAAGCCAGUUCUUUGCUCAAAUAAUUAAACUUGGUGUGGCUCAUCAACUCUUCCAAAUGACUAAAAUCGAUGAACUUAAAACUGGAGGCUUUGGAUUUUUAGAAACCCUGACGAAUGUUGGAGAAACAAACUAUGGCAAAGGCGAACUCUUGCGUUUGCUGCGUUCGGAUGAUGCCAGUCAUAAAAGAGCUGCCAUUGCGGUUGGAUUUAUAAUAAAAAACCAUCGAAUUCUCUAUCAUUUACUUACCGACGGUACUGUACUCUUUACGCUUAUCAAUAUGAUUCUAACCGGAGAUAGUGAAUUCACUCAAGAAGCAGCGGAUGCUUUAACAGCAAUGAGCCAAACUACCCUUGAUAUAGCCAUACCAGACAGUGACAAAGAAUCAUUCGAUUGUGAUAAAAUCUUUGACGAAACCAAACCAUUUAUGCAAUCAUAUGAUUCUGACAUGAAAUUCAUUGUUCACGAUAACAAUGAAGAGGUUUCGGUGGGCUUUAAUAAAAAACUCCUGUCGGACGUGAGUGAAGUCUUCAAUUCAAUGUUGAACAGUGACUUCCGUGAAGGCAAUGAAGGAGAGAUUCAUUUGAAAGCUUACUCUGCCAGUGGUCUGCGAUAUUUCCUCAAUCUCAUCGAACUACGUUCCCUUAACAAACCUCCCAACAUUCCACCUGUAGAAAAGUACAAAUCUGCCAUCGAAGCAUUUGAACUCUCUCGGGUGUAUAUUAUUCCUGAGCUAGAGAAAAUUCUAUUUAGCAUAAUGGUUUAUCUGUUGGACGAAUCGAAUUGCCAAAGUGUCCUUGAAUGGUCAAUGAAGAAUUAUCAUGCCGAACUAACUGAAAUUGCCAUUAACUUUUAUUUGUGCUCAAAUAUUCCCACACAGAAUAAGGUUAAGUUAUUUAGAAAAGCUGACUUUUCCAUGUAUUCGAAUGAAUGGAAUCAAAUGAUUACGGAUGCGGUGCUGGUACGAUGCAAGGAUACUCCAUAUUACGACUUAACAAUGCAGUAAAUAGUUUUUAAGUGUUGCGUUUGGCAUUAUUUGGUUUAUAUGUUUGUCCAUAUUGGUUUGCAAAAUUUUGUCAGUUUAUGGUAUUUUAUCUAAUAAAAACAAAAUCGAUUUAAUGUUUAAUUUAUUUAAUAAUCAAGAA